ACCUCCCACCCCCCUCCUCCACACCAGCCUUUCUCCUCGCCUCAGUCACUUCCUUCCCCAGCCUCUUCCUCCUCCGUGAGUUGAAGACAUUAGCCAGGUCCGGACCGACUCUGCACCAGCCUUUCCGAGAGAAGAUAAAGAGGCGGUUAGGUAUUCACGUUAAUAGUGGCAUUUCCUCGUUGAGUCUCAUUAAAGGAGAACUGGGGCUGAAGUGUGUUGCCGAUUAGGCGGGUGAGUGGGGGGAUAGUGUUAAAGAGAUAGAUGUUCAAAGUGGGCCAAAGUCAGAAAGUCAGAAUUGGAGACGACCAUAAUCCCCUUGGACAUUUGACUCCCUCUUCUGUCCAGUGUGGGCUGAUUUGCCCAGUAGCCCUCACAGAUCCAUACUACUGCAUCAGUGCUACCAAUAACAGGCGCAAACUUUAUUCGUUGUUAGACAGUUUUGAGUGUUAGGAAAAUUUUCUCUUAUAUGGCUCUCAAGUCCGCCUGUUCUAUCUAUCCGUCCUGCCCAAUAGAGCAACACGAAGCCAUACUAUUACGUAAAUGAAUAAAAGGAGCUUUAAUUUUAAGAAAUAGUGACAGGUCUUCUCUAGACUGACUUUCUGGGUCAAGAGUCUUUGGCGUACAAGCCUGAAGAAGACCUAGUGAACCCAGGGAGCUCUCCCAGCUCCUGCUGGUCCCAGACUGCUCUCUGAGAUGAACGGUCCCCACCACAGGUCUCCACUGCGAUCAGGCUGCCAGAGAAGGUUGCAGUGCCCUGCCUAUGACCCGGAGACAUCAUCGCACGAAUCGAAGAGUAUUCAAGUUGCCCUGCAUUGAUCUGCUUUCCCCACUAGUCCACAGGCUCCGGGAAGAUCUCUCCACUGACCUCUACAACAUCUUCUGUGGCUUCCUCCUUUGGAAGGAAUAAGGUGCCUUGGACUCACCACUCUGGCAGCAAUGAAUGUGGAUCAUGAAGUUAACCUCCUAGUGGAGGAAAUUCAUCGUCUGGGUUCAAAAAAUGCUGAUGGGAAGUUAAGUGUGAAAUUUGGGGUCCUCUUCCGAGACGACAAAUGUGCCAAUCUCUUUGAAGCGUUGGUCGGAACUCUCAAAGCUGCGAAACGAAGGAAGGUUGUCAUGUACCCAGGAGAGCUACUUUUGCAAGGUGUCCAUGAUGAUGUGGACAUUAUAUUGCUGCAAGAUUAAUGUGGUUUGCGUAUCUUUGUUUAUUGUUAUUUUUUUGUUUCUGGUAAACUGGAAUAUUAAGUCAAAGGACACACGUGAGCAUACUUGAUGUAUUUUUAUAGAACUUUGAAAACAAAAGGAGACUCUUAUUUUAAAAGUCUGUCCUUUUUUAUACCUUGGGGAAAAUUUAUGUAUUACACUGUAAAAUAAACAAAACCUAUUAUUUUCUCAGGAAUCUGGUUGGAAAAUGUAGGCUUUUUUUGUUGAGGUGCAAAGUGUUUCAUAAAUCAUUCUUAGACAAUUUCUACAGAUACUAGACAUUCCACAAAAGCAAGACGCAAAAUGGAAGACCAGUUCCCACAAGGAAUAUUGUACUGUUCAUGUAAUAAAAACACGUAACUAUGUUAAAA